GGGGCGGCGGCGGCGGCUGAGCGUCUGUGGGUCGAUCCCGCCCCCCGGGCCGGCCCUUCCCCGCUGCCCAAGCGUCCGUCAGGCUGCGGGGGGAGGCGGACGGACGGCGCGGGCGAAAGAGAAAGGCGCUCCGGUCCAGAGGGGAAAGAAAGAUACGAGGGAGCUCCUCGCGGGGAAACACUCCCCCCUACUCCCCACCCACACCUUCCUUACUCUCCUCAGUCCUUUUCUCUGGGAGUCGCCCAGCGAGGAGGAGAAGAAGAAGCAAAAAAAAAGGAGAGGAGACGGGACUUUCCCACAGUGAAUGGACUCGCCGAAGGAGCGAACAUGGCCAGUGUCUCCUCCUUUGGCAAGUACACCCACGCCAUCGUCCGCUGCAUUCCUUCCUCCUUUGCCACAGCGGAGACCACAGCGGAUGGAUCUGACAGUGGGGCUGAUCCGGUGGACCUAGCCAAGGCUCACCGACAGUACGGGGUCUACACUGGCAUACUGCGCCAGAAGCUAGGGCUGCAAGUCAUCGAACUGGCGGCAGACGAGGGCUUCCCCUAUGCCACACUGGUGGGGGAUCUGGCAGUCAUCCAGGGAGAUACUGUGCUCCUCACUCGGCCAUGGAUGCCCACGCGGCGAGAUGAGAUCAGCUGUGUCAGAAAGGUCUUGGAGGAGCUAAAACUUCGUGUGGUGGAAGUUACAGAUGAGGGAGCCACCCUGGAUGGAAGCGAUGUGCUCUUUACAGGUAGAGAAUUCUUUGUGGGUAUUUCCAAAUGGACCAAUCACAGAGGAGCAGAGAUGGUAGCUGAUGCUUUUAGAGAUUUUGCUGUGUCUACCGUUCCUGUCUCAGGAACAUUGCAUCUCCGCAGCUUCUGCAGCAUGGCGGGACCUGACACCGUUGUCAUUGGCAGCAGUGAAGUGGCCAAGAAAGCCAUGAAGACCAUGGAGCAAUUAACUGAUCACCACUACGAAACGCUGACAGUUCCUGAUGACCCAGCUGCUAAUUGUAUCUACGCUCGUCUGGGCCAGAAGAGUAGCGUUCUUUUGCAUCGCAGCACAGAUGAAUAUCCGAACAGCGUGCAACCUUUUCAGAAGCUUCCAGAUUACACCCUGAUCCCUGCGGCGUGCACAGAAGUAGCCAAACUUGGUGGUACUCUCAGUUCCUGCUCUCUUCUCAUCAACAAGAAGCUGGAGAUCUAGUGCCUAUGGAUCCACACAAAAAUACAGGUUCCCCCAGUUCCUGGAGCCCUUUCCUUGUUUUCUUCGUGCAGAGCAAUGUAGCUCUUCUUUUCUCCACUUCCUUAUGAAGCAGAGGGCCACUCUAAUUCCCAUGCCUGCUAAUUAGGUCACAUUUAAAUUUGGCAUCUGUUUCUUUUUUAAUUUACAUUGGACCUUCUCUCCCACCAAGUCAUACCUCUCUUUACUUUCUCUCUUUACCUUUUUUUUUAUGUUACCCUUUAGAAAGAUUUUUACUCUGGCAUAGAAAAGGGUUUAUAUCUCUUGCUCCCAAAACUUAAUAAAAACC